UGGUACGUGGAAGUGAUAACGCUUCAACGGCACCGCACGCUCUCGCUUGGCCGGGGAAAAAGCCUCUGGAAGUGAUAACGCUUCAACGGCACCGCACGCUCUCGCUUGGCCGGGGAAAAAGCCUCUCGCUCGGGUUCGCAUGUUCGGUUUUGUUCGGCGUAUGGAGACGAACAUGAAGUCCUGCCCGCACGAAGCUGCCUGAACAACAUGCACAUGUGAAACUUGACUCUUCAGUAAGCAGAUGCGAGUCUCAGGCUGGAUUGAAUGGCACUGAGGAUACAAGACUGCCACUCAGUGGGAGCACUGCAAUGACCAGCCGGCGUCCGAGCCAUGCAGACAGCGCUCACUCCAAACAGCCACCUGCCGUGGCCCCCAAGCUCCAUGUACAGCGAUCACUAUCAAAGGAGAACAUCACCAUCCACUUCUCUGCUUUUGGGAAGGAGGAAGAGGAGGAGGAGGAAGAGAUAUACAUUACAACUGUCUCCACUACCUCAGCUGCUCAGGAUGACUCAAGUGUUGUGACAGCCUUGGAAGCAAGUGAGGAGAUGUUUGAAGGCGUUGCACUGGACUCUGCAGCCGAGGUUCCUGUCAGUCCUGAAUCAUCCAACGUUAGUACACGUCACACUAACACGUCUCCCACACAACCCACGUCAUCCAAUAGUGCUGAGCAGAAAGGCUCAAUGGCCAACUCCUCUCCUACUAAAUCUUUAAGCUUUCCAUCCACUGAAAAACCAUUUCUAAGUUUGGUUAAGUCUCUUUCAUCUGACACCGAGUCUCGUGAUGGUGCCUCUUCUGCUUCUGGCCCAACACUAAGACACAGGAAACUCAUGAAGUCUUUUGUCAAGUCCUUAUCUUCAGACACCUCCCAGGACUCACCGUCGACCUCCACACCCUACCGUCUUCCAGAACCUCGACUUAACCUGCAACUCUUCAAGCAAUUCACACAGUCCCGGAUGCCGUCUGCUACCACGUCUUCAGCCAGUGACUCAAAAACUGCCCCAUCCUCUCCAUUAACCUCGACAGACAGCCGCAGCUUCUUCAAAGUUUCAGAUGUCGAGGCACGAAUUGAAGACACCAAGCGUCGUCUCUCUGAAGUCAUCGCUGAACCGCUCCAACUGCUGAGUAAGAUCAUGGAUGAAAAGAGCAGCAGCUUAGUUAGCGGAAGCAUCUACAGGCCAAAGGCCCUCUCUGUCAGUGCCACAGAACUCUCCAACAUUACUGAUGUCAAUGGUCAACUGGAGAGCAACAACAAUUACUGCAUCAAGGAGGAAGAAGGAGGCGACUGGGAUGAUGAGAGCCCAAACAGUGGGAUCUCUGGUCUACUUGAACCAUUGCUUCCUUCCACUGUUGUGACCAAGAGCCCCAGCAAGCAGUCUUUAAUUUCCAUGUCUUUGGAAAAGUGCUCUAUGUCUGCUUUAGCCAAACAGGAGGAUGACGACUUCUGCAUCCUGUAUAGUGAAAACUUUGAAAGUUGCACUGGCAUGGACAGUGAUGCAACUGAUGAUACUGGAACUGUAGGUCAAGCUAAAGUGCCACUGAGUGGCAGCAGUGAACCAUGUAGUGACGAUGAGUCUGAAAGUAUUGUGUCGAUACCUAGUGUUCCACACUAUACUCUAAUCAUCCUUACUGUAAUGGUGUAUGGCUGUUUUGUAUUACCUCUGCCAAGUUAUAUUGGUGGAAUGCUGCUCGGGAUUGGACUUGGAUUUCUUUUAGCCAUCGGGGUUGUGUGGCUGACGGGACCAAAAGCUUCUGGUGGUUUUCGACAUUCCACACGCCAUCGGAAGCUGUGGAAUCAGACCAAGUUGGACAUCAAAGAACCAGAGAUUUAUAAGGGCUGGAUGAACGAGAUAUCAAACUAUGACCCAGAGACGUACCACGCCACACUGACGCACUCGGUGUACGUCCGACUGGAAGGCUCAAUCAUUCGUCUGUCGAAACCCAACCACAACGUUGCCCGCCGUGCCGUGCACAAUGAACCCAAACCUGAUGUGACCUACGUUAGUCAGAAGAUCUACGACCUCACCAACUGCAAAGUUUAUCUAAUGCCUCAGAACUUGGCCAGGAAGCGCGUAUGGAACAAAAAAUACCCGAUCUGCAUUGAGCUCAGCAAACAGGAUGACUUCAUCUCAAAGGCUGAGGGUGACCGGUGUGAAGCUAAUGAAGGCACCAGUCUAAAGGACAGAGGAGAAGGCAGCGGUGCAGCACAUGACCGUGGAUCGCCGUCUUCUUCCAGUAGAGACCUGACCCUGUAUCUGUUUGGAAGGACUGGCAGGGAGAAGGAGGAGUGGUUCCAGCACUUUCUUUUGGCUUCCAAACUCAAGGUGGACUUGAGGAAAACAUCUAGUUUGACAGGAAUCCGAUCUCCGAUCUCUCACAGUCGCAACAACAGCCGCAGCAGUCUGGACGAGGCACUGCUAUCUCAGCCCAGGCCCAAGGACUCCUCCGUCCCCUCAGCAGCAGCAGCAGCAGCAGCAGCAGCAGCACCAGCAGGUGGCGCAAAAACCAAGCCGUUGUUGGACUACAGUUUCUACAUGGCCACUUUGCUGCCAGACCAGGCAACAGUCACUCCGUCAACUGCCAGUCCCGUUCUCCAGAGUCCUCAGAGCAGCCCUGGAGCUGAUAAGAAGCUCCAGAGCACCACAUCAGCUCUGGUGCAGCCCCAGGGAGAGGAGGAGUCCGUCGCCUGGGUGAAUGCAGCUCUCGGUCGGGUGUUUUGGGACUUUCUGAGCGAGCCACACUGGGUUGAGCUGGUCUCCAAAAAGAUUCAGAUGAAGCUCAGUAAGAUACGGUUGCCUUACUUCAUGAACGAGUUAACCCUGACAGAACUGGACAUGGGCUCAGCUACUCCCAGAAUCCUUGCAGCAUCCAAGCCUUUUGUUGACUAUCGAGGUCUGUGGUUUGACCUGGAGAUUUCCUACAGCGGCUCCUUCCUCAUGACGCUGGAGACGAAGAUGAACCUGAUUCGUCUGGGCAAAGAGGGAGAAAACCUGCGCUUGGGGGAGUUUGGCAAAGACGGAUACAGGCCACGGACAUACUGUCUGGCCGACAGUGAUGAAGAGUCGUCCAGCGCAGGCUCAUCAGAUGAGGAAGACUCCUCUGAACUGUCAAAUGACUCUGCCGGAGCGGAGGGUUUUGUUGGAGGCCACAAGCCGAGCAAGAUCAUGCGCUUCGUGGACAAGAUUACCAAAUCCAAAUACUUCCAGAAGGCCACAGAGACGGAGUUCAUCAAGAAGAAGAUGGAGGAAGUGUCCAACACGCCUCUGCUGCUGACCGUGGAGCUGCAGGAGCUGCAGGGAACGCUGGCUGUCAACAUUCCCCCUCCACCCACCGACAGGAUAUGGUAUGGCUUCAGGACGCCACCUCACCUGGAGCUGAAGGCUCGACCCAAACUGGGAGAAAGAGAAGUCACGUUUGCUCAGGUCACCGACUGGAUAGAGAAGAAACUGGACCAGGAAUUCCAGAAAAUCUUUGUCAUGCCAAACAUGGACGACGUGUGGCUGACCAUCAUGCAUCACGCCAUGGACCUACGCACAGCCAGUGGACCUUCAGUCGUCCCCACAGUGGAACCAGAGUCCACGCAGCCACAGGGGGACGGCUCCGGCUCCGGCUCCGGCUCCGGCUCCGGCUCCGGCUCCGGCUCUGGCUCUGGCUCCGGCUCCGGCUCCAGCUCCAGCUCCGGCCAGUCAUGAAGAUAGUUUACAGCAUUUCCUGGAGCGUGGAAAUGUGAGACACUGUAAAAACCACCUCGUUCCAGAGUGAACGGUCGGUGCGUGUCUCACUUCUACAGGUUGAAGAGGUUGAAGGACCAAUGAUACACAAACUGAUGUUUGCUGCUGUGUUCACAAGUAUUUAUGGUACCAGACAAACAGGUGAUUUAGUCUCUGAAGGAUUUAUGAAACAUGACGUGUGAAGAGAGUCAUGUUGGGCUCAGAUAUUUGGGGGUGGUUUAAUUUAAUAAAAUAGAAUAUAUAUAUAUAUAUAUGAGGAUAUUUAACUUUCUAAUGUGUCAUGAUGAACACUGAUGUGGGAGCAUUCACCAGAUACCUUACAGCCUGUUUCUGCUCAGGCCUCAAAGUCAAAUAAAGCAAGAGAAAUGCAGAGAUUUACAGUGUGAACGUACAGUGUGUUAGAAACCUGAGUGAUCUGACGUUCAGUGUGUGUGAGACAUCACAUGAUGUGGUGACGCAGCUCCUGCACACGCACACAUCUGUGUGUACGAUCAGGCUAGUUACAAAGCACAGACGUGACAUCACAACGUGUUUGAACACAAAGUCACAGGAGACGCAUUUUAACACCACGUGUGAUUGUUCGCAGAUCGUUGCGUCGAUUUUUAAACGGUCUCUCUUCUGACGUGUGAUUGUUGCAUCCACACAGAAACACAGUGUGUUUUAUGAUGUCGUAGUCUGGCUGGUGACGCUGCCUCCAUUUUUCACGCCAAGUUUUCACCAAAGUUGAACUUUUUUCAGCUGGAGUGAAAAAAACGAAUGAUGUAAAAACGCAAAUGACACGAAAAUGGCGCCACAGUGUUCACGCCCCCCGGGCCACGCCUUGUUCUAAGACGGUCCACAUGCCAUCAGAUCACUCAGGACACAUGUUUAUCCACGGUGUGACCGAGGCCACAGUGAACGAGGAGUCUGUGAAGGAGAGUAUGAAGGAAACAAGCUCCGAUACUUUGUUUCUUUACGUUCAAACCUUCUUCUGGUUUCAUGUGAAGGUUUUUUGGGUUUUUUUGACCGUUGUUAACCAACAGUAUUCAUUCAUGCUGUGACCACACUCUGAACCCUCACCCAUUCAUUUGCCAAACACACUUUUUUUGUUUUGUGUGUGGAAACAUCAGUGAAACACAAACACAACAUCUGUUCAUUUGCGAUACAAAGCCAGCAGGUGCAGUGAUGGAACAGCUGCACAGGCGCAAGUACGAUUGAAGUACGAUUGUGUAGAAAUGUUGUAUUUGUGUCACAGGAGAAGAAAGCAUCUAUUGAAUGUAUGUGUUUUUCUGCUUCUUUUGUUCUUGUGUGGAAAUCAUUGAUGCCCACUCAUGUUUGUGAGUGGGGUAUGCAGAUAAUUGCACAAAUAGAAAUCAUUUUUUGUUCUUCUGUCCUUGUCAGUCUUUGCGUAGCAGGAGCUUCACUCAGCCGUCGUACGUCUGUUGUUAACGUCGAUGACUUCAAAUGACCAACUUUUCAAAAUGCAACAGUGCUUUAAAAAGACUCUGCCGCUGCCGCCGCCGCCGCCAUACUGUAUGUAGACUGACACACACACUAUGUACCGAUCAAUACAUGAGUGAAGUUAAUGCACAUACUCUGCUGUAGAGCAACUCUUGCCAAGAAUGUAUAGUCUUAUUCACAGGUUUCCAUUUAGAGAUUUUUAAUCUGAACCAAACUCCUUCUUUUUUCUGUUUCUGCUCAAAGGUGCAAAUCCUUUAUUAACAAAACAAACGUACAUUGAUAUUGUUUACAGGGAUGAUUAGCGCUCAGCACUCUAACGUGAACUGGAGAUUUGUUUUCCCUUUGGUUUGCUGCAGUUGUUGUUUUUUGGGAUAAACUGAAGAUUUUUGAGGAUAUAUGAAGACGACAUGAUGAUAUUUUGAGUUAUUAAUGACUUUUUUUAUGUAAAGCUAAUUUUAAGGCCAAAUUCAGUGAUUAUAAUGUGUUAACUGCCUUAUUUAUAUAAAGCUGAAUAAACCUGCGUCAAUGACAA